CGGCGGGCGGGCGGGCGGCCGGGCGGGCGGUCCUCUCUGCCCGUAGCCCACCCCCCCUCUUAAAGCCGCGGCGGGAAGAUGAGGUUUCGGGAGCCGCUCCUGGGCGGCAGCGCGGCGAUGCCCGGCGCGACGCUGCAGCGGGCCUGCCGCCUGCUCGUGGCCGUCUGCGCGCUGCACCUCGGCGUCACCCUCGUCUACUACCUGGCCGGCCGCGACCUGAGCCGCCUGCCCCAGCUGGUCGGGGUCUCCACGUCGCCGCAGGGCGGCUCGAACGGCGCCCCCGUCGGCGCGCAGCCCUCCGGGGAGCCCCGCUCCCGGGGGCCCCGGCCGCCGCCGCCUCUAGGCGUCUCCUCAGAGCCUCGGUCCAGCCGCGACUCCAGCCCCGCCAGCAACUUGACUUCGGGGUCCCCCGCCGCUGCGCGGUCGCUGCCCGCUUGCCCCGAGGAGUCUCCGCUGCUCAUUGGCCCCAUGAUGAUUCAGUUUAAUUUUCCUGUGGAUCUGGAUCUUUUGGCAAAACAGAACCCUGAGGUGAAGAUGGGUGGCCGUCACAAACCCAAAGACUGCAUCUCUCCUCAUAAGGUGGCUAUCAUUAUUCCAUUCCGCAAUCGGCAGGAGCACCUCAGGUAUUGGUUGUAUUACUUGCACCCGAUUCUGCAGCGUCAGCAGUUGGACUAUGGCAUCUAUGUUAUCAACCAGGCUGGAGACACCAUUUUCAAUCGUGCUAAGCUCCUCAAUAUUGGCUUUCGAGAGGCCUUGAAGGACUAUGACUACAACUGCUUUGUGUUUAGUGAUGUCGACCUCAUUCCUAUGGAUGAUCAUAACAGUUAUAGGUGUUUCUCACAGCCACGGCACAUUUCUGUUGCGAUGGACAAAUUUGGAUUUAGCCUACCUUAUGUUCAGUAUUUUGGUGGUGUCUCUGCUCUAAGUAAACAACAAUUUCUUACCAUCAAUGGAUUUCCUAAUAAUUAUUGGGGCUGGGGAGGAGAAGAUGAUGACAUUUUUAACAGAUUAGUUUUUAAAGGCAUGUCUAUAUCUCGCCCAAAUGCUGUUGUUGGGAAGUGUCGUAUGAUCCGCCACUCAAGAGACAAGAAAAAUGAACCAAAUCCUCAGAGGUUUGAUCGAAUUGCACACACAAAAGAAACCAUGCGCACUGAUGGUUUGAACUCACUUACCUACAAGGUGUUGGACAUACAAAGAUACCCAUUGUAUACCCAAAUCACAGUGGACAUCGGGACACCGAGCUAGCACUUUGGUACAAAUAAGAGACCUGAAAAUGGCCAGGGACCUCUGUUGUGUGUCUCUGCCAGUCUGCUGGGCUGGUCCCUCUCAUUUGUACAAUCUGAGUCAUAGGUCCCUCACUCAUCAGCAGAUACUUUUCCAGAUGACCAGAAGAGUGGAAUAUUUUGCCCCCCACUUGGCUCGACACGUGACUUAGUUCUACAGGGUGUUUGUCAGUGUGAAAACUAUCCACCUUUGGAGGCCUCUUGGCAUGGCAUGGUAUCACCCAAGGAGUUAGUAUUUUACACGGCUCAAAAUUUGGUGACUUGUGGAAUUCAUUCCCACUGUUAAAUUUCUAAAUUGUGAAAUGGGUAAGAAGCUGGCUUUUAAUUGUAUUCUUUUCAACUUCAUGAAAAAUUGGAUAGUACUGCUGAAUUUAGAUUGGUAUGCUGUUUUUGGUUAUCCUAUUUUAAACAGAAAAAAAAAAACAACCCACAAAAUUUCGAUCAGUUUCCUGUCCCUCUCUACCGUUUUUUCCCCUAGUGGUAUGCAACUAUUACAAUCAUUGUAAUAGUGUGUGUUUUCAGCAAAAGAAUAUCUUAAAACUUGAGCCUUGAACCUUUUGCCUGCUAAUGUAUGAAUUCCAAGGCAAGUUUUAGCCCUGGUGCACAAACCUAGUGUGUUUUCACUUAUUGUGCCUAUCUCCAGAUUGAUUGAUUUCUGAAUGUAAAGAUUAUUUUUUUUAAAGAAGCAGUGUGUAGUAUUUUAAAGAACAAAUCAAGUUCUAAUUAUGAUACAGCUUGAUUUUGUGUUGAUCCAAAUUUUCAUAGUUGUGUAUCAUUAAGUCAUGACAAUUUAUUUUUCUGGGCAUGCUAUGUAAACUUGAAUUUCCUAUGAAUUUUUAUUGUGGUAUUUUAAAUAUGGGAAGGGGUUUGAGUUUGUUUUUUUUUUAGGGGGAAAAUAUAAUGUAUGCUGUAGUGGCCACAAGUGGGUCUCUGAUUUAGCUGGCAGGCCAGGAUUUAUGAAGAGCAAAACCACCUUUGUGUCCCCUGGCCAGGGCAAGGCUUUCCAGUCAGCAUUAUCCUGCCAGACCUUUGGGGCAGAGACUUGGGAGAGAGCCUCUGUCUACCAGACAUAACUACCCACCUUUCCCAGGUGGGCAGGGCAGAGGGAACCUCAGCCUCCUGGAACUGACCUUUCAGGGCUCUAGGUUGUGAGGUUCUAAAUAACAGUACAGCUUGUAUGUUUACCAUUCCUUGGCACCUUCUGUUCUGGCUGGUACUGCCUUCCUCCCAAGAGCCUCUGAACCACCCUUCCUAGCCCAUCCUGUUUUACCAGUUCUUCACCUAUUCCUCUCUGCCCUGCCUGUCUGUCUGCUCCCUUCUUUCCCCACAGGUUUUGUUCUUUUGCCUCUUGGCUGUUUCCUAAAACUUGCCUGUGACACUCAGGGUAAAACAGACUAUUCAUUCUCAGCCUUUUAACCAGAGAUCUGGAGAGUUCAGCUAAACCAACACCCAACUCUUCCUGAGAAUUCUGGUACCUAAAGCCUCCCAUCCUUCUCAGGGUUUUAGCAGGUGCUGCACCUGGUGAUGGUACCCACCAACCCCCAGGGCUUUCAUUCACAAACCCAUUUCUGCAGGGGGAUGGGUAAGCUGCCUGGGGUGAGAUGGCAGGGACACUUCUAACACAGAGGCCAUUGCCAGGUCCAGCCUGGGCUGAAGGCCUAAGAUUCAGCCUCUUAAUCCCAAGAGUUGAACCUUUUGCUUUUGGCAGACAGGAUCCCAACCACUGCCCUCAUGGGUACCAGCCCUGAGUGUGCAGGCUGAAUGUUACCUGGCCCUCAUCCUACCCAUGCCUUUAUUGCUUUGAGCAUCUCCAAUGCCAACUUGGUUCUGUUUCCAGAAGCCUUUGUAUUGAUUAGCAACUAUCUUCCUCUGAAGA